AUGAAAAUUUUUAUUUUAAUAAUAAUAUUUUUUAAAAUUCCACAUAUUUUUACAGUGAGUAAUAUAUCAUUUAUUAGCAAUUAUGAUGAAAGACAAAAAAGAGAAAUCUUAAGACAUUCACAAUAUGCUUGGAAAGAAAAAGAAAUUACGUAUUAUGUGGAUCCUAAGUUAAACCAUAUAGAAGUUAAAGUGGCACUUAAUAGAAUUAAAAAAGAAACAUGUUUAACAUUUGUACAAAAGCAAGAAUAUAGACAAUCCCUUUUUGCAUAUAUGCCUGGUAGAUUUUUUGAAACAAAUUUAGGUAAAGGAAGAGAAAUUCCUCAUAAAAUUUUUUUACCACUGAAUGUUCAUAAUAUUGGAAAAAUUAUACGAGAAACAUUACGUGCAUUUGGUGUUGAUUAUGAACAUAAUAGAAGAGACAGAAAUAAGUAUAUAUCUGUUUCAUCAAGAAAUAUACAUCCUAUUUUUAGAAAAUAUUUUGAUCACAAACUUCAAAUACUUACAACUACAUAUGGUACAGAAUAUGACUACAGAUCAAUUAUGCAUUUUGAUCCAUAUGAAUAUUCAAAAGGAAGAUGUAAAGUUAUACAUUCUAAAGACAAAUUAAUGUCCUCAUUUAUUGGUAAAUCUCAAUAUCUUACUUUUAACGAUGCCAAGCUUUUAAAUGGUAAAUAUUGUUCAUUUUUACGAUUUCAGCAUCCAGUUUGUCGUAAUUAUGGAUAUCAAAAUCCAAGAAAUCCUACAACAUGUAAAUGUUUGCCCUAUUUAAUUGGUAAUCAAUGUGAAAAUAUUGGACCAAAUAACAUUCAAUGUACACAACAAAAUGUAUAUACAGCGAAAUAUUCCGUAGAAGAUAAACAAUUAAGGUUGGGACCAAAUUGUGCAUUUUUUAUAAAAGCACAACCAAAAGUGAGAGUUGCAAUGGAAUUAAAAUUUAUUACUCCAAUAGUACAAAGGCCGAUAGAAUGUAAUGAAGAUAAUAGCAUUGAAAUUAAAUAUAAAAAUGAUCUUUCUAUUAGUGGAACUUUGUUUUGUCCAUAUGGAAGAAGAUUAUAUAUAAAAUCAAAAGAAAAUUAUAUUGUAAUUGUAACGAACAGUAUCCAACAAAAUUAUAUAUUAAACAUAGCAUACGUACAAAUAUAA